CCCGGUUGUCUCGAGAUGGCCUUAUCUAUUUCUCACCGUAGGCCUAGCCAAACUGCUUCAUAUCUCAGUGACCGCAUCAGCAACAAACCAUUAUCUCCUCAACUCAUCCCGGACCGACAACUUUAUAUCCCGAGAUCUCUCCUCUACACCUGAUAUCUCACUCCUCUUGAAAGCAACCAACACAAAACCUCCUCUUCCCAAGCCAGAAACCUCUCAACGACUAUAUCAAAAAUGACUGGUUACAUUGCUCGCACUGCCGUCCGCGCCGCUCAACGCAGGCAAUUCUCCAUCCUCAACACCGUGCGGAAGGCGGCCCGCAGCUUUGAGCCGCAUCCCUACGAGAGGAUGACCGUCUCCGAAUCAGCCGCGCCCAACUAUAGCAAGAUGAUCAAGGACCGUCUCACCACGGCGACAAUGUGAGCCGCCCCAUCCCCUUUUUUAAUCCCGUUCUGCUGGCGUCUUCUUAUUCCUCCUGGUUGUACGUGUAUAUUGUGACUCUGGGCUAACUGGGUUGGUGGUAUAUAGGUUUGUUCCAAUUGCAUCGGUUCUUUUGGGCUGGCCUAUCUUCGCCCAAAAGCUCUUCGGCACCCACGUUUAAAAA